UGUUGAAGUAAUAUCAGUAUCCCCCAUCCUGAGCCGAGUGGCCCCUCGUGGCUGUACGUUGUUCGGUUCCGUUUAUAAAAACAUUAUGAGUGUUCACUAAGAUGGCGAAAUGUUAAGUUGUAUACAUUGAAAUGGAGUGGCGAAAUGUUGCAAGUGUUACCAUUAGGAGUAUUCGCAGCCCAAUAGUGAAUAAACUUAUAGUGAAUAUAAAGUACGAUUAGUGUAUAAACCAAAUAAAAAUGCGUGAAUUCAAAGUAGUUGUUCUCGGCUCGGGUGGGGUUGGAAAAAGUGCAUUAACUGUUCAGUUCGUUUCUGGGUGUUUUAUGGAAAAAUAUGACCCGACUAUUGAGGAUUUUUAUCGAAAAGAAAUUGAAGUAGACAAUUCGCCGUGUGUGUUGGAAAUCUUAGACACGGCAGGUACAGAACAAUUCGCUAGCAUGCGCGACCUCUACAUAAAGAAUGGACAGGGUUUUGUCGUAGUGUACAGUUUAACAAACCACCAAACUUUCCAAGAUAUCCGCCCUAUGAAGGAACUCAUUACCAGAGUUAAAGGGACAGAGCGAGUUCCUAUCCUCCUAGUCGCUAAUAAGGUGGAUUUGGAGCACCAGAGAGAAGUAGAUAUUGCGGAAGGAAACGUCCUUUCCCAACAAUGGGGAUGUCCUUUCCUCGAGGCAAGUGCUAAGAACAGAACCAACGUCAAUGAGGUAUUCGCAGAAAUCGUUCGCGAGAUGAACUUUAGCCCCGAAAAUAAAAAACCAAGUUACUGCUGGUGUACCGUGCUCUAAUAUCAAUCUAUUCUUCAUUUCGCCCUGUAUAAUUUGUUUUGUUCUGUUUAGUUCCAUUUUUUAAUAUUCAUCUACCUACGUUGGGAACAAUGACACUUGCUUUAAUUAAUUUUGAAUGCAAAACUGAUGAUUUUCGUUUUUUUUUCUGCCCCUAAGCGGUAUACCCAAUAGUUUUCACGCUAUUUAUUCCUGUAUUUAUCAUCUUUACUGUCUAAAAUUUUUUAUUAUAAAUGCUCAUUCAUUCUAGUAUACUACUCGAGAAAUGGCUUAGAAGUGCACAAUAUUCUAUAUUUUUAUACAUUGAACAAAAAAAUCUUCGUAAAUGAUGCAUAAAAAUGUAUUUUAUUUACUAGUUUUUUAAACUGAACCAUAUCUACCGUAUAAGAUCUAUUGAUAGUGCCUGAAAAGAAAAAACACUGCGACUAAAAACAAGAAGAAAACGCACGGAUGAUGGUGGUACUUCUUUCGGCCUAAAAGUACUUUUUCCAUGUCAACUAACAAGUCGAUGGGCCUCCCAGUGUAUUCGCAAUGCGAAUAUUUCAUCCUACAUACCUAAUAAUGAGAGCUCAUACUGUAUAUAUUAUAACAAUUUUAUCAAAGAUCUGUGUUUGUAACAUAGGAACUUUUUUUUUCAAUCAAAAAGUGAUGUAUGCUUGGAGAUGCGUGCCUGCUGAUAACUAAUAAAUGUUUUUGUAAGAAAAUAUUGAUAUGUUGCUGAUAGAUUGUGUGUUCUGAGAGCCAAAAAGGAUUUGUGAUAUAUACGUAUUAUAAUAAAGUUUAAGUGGAAAAGUUA